AGACAGGAUGGAGGAUGGAGCCCGUCGCCGAGGGGCUCCGGAGAAGACCCCCGAAAAAACGGAAGGAGGUGGCGGAGUGGCACUGAAGAAGGAAAUUGGCUUGAUGAGCGCCUGUGGCAUUAUUGUGGGUAACAUCAUUGGAUCCGGAAUUUUUGUAUCACCCAAGGGCGUGUUGGAGAACGCAGGCUCGGUAGGGCUGGCGUUAAUCGUCUGGAUCGUCACGGGCCUCAUCACCGCCGUGGGUGCCCUCUGCUACGCGGAACUGGGGGUCACCAUCCCCAAAUCCGGAGGUGACUAUUCCUACGUCAAGGACAUCUUCGGAGGACUGGCUGGGUUCCUCAGACUGUGGAUUGCGGUGCUGGUGAUCUACCCCACGAACCAGGCGGUGAUCGCUCUGACUUUUGCCAACUAUGUCCUUCAGCCCAUCUUUCCCACCUGCCUGCCUCCGGAAACCGGCUUGCGACUCCUCGCAGGGGUGUGCCUUUUGCUGCUGACGUGGGUGAAUUGCGCCAGCGUGCGCUGGGCCACGCGUGUCCAGGACAUCUUCACCGCUGGGAAGCUGCUGGCUCUGGGCUUGAUCAUUAUCAUGGGAAUCGUGCAAAUUUGCAAAGGUGAAUACUUUUGGCUGGAACCCAAAAACGCCUUCGAGUUCUUUCAGACGCCAAAUGUGGGGCUGGUCGCUCUGGCCUUCCUACAAGGCUCGUUUGCCUACGGGGGCUGGAACUUCCUCAACUACGUCACCGAAGAGUUGGUGGACCCUUACAAGAACCUGCCUCGAGCUAUUUUUAUCUCCAUCCCCCUGGUUACCUUUGUCUACGUCUUCGCCAACGUGGCCUACGUCACUGCCAUGUCUCCGCAGGAGCUCCUGGCUUCCAACGCCGUUGCGGUGACAUUCGGGGAGAAACUCUUAGGAGUGAUGGCGUGGAUCAUGCCCAUCUCCGUUGCCCUCUCCACCUUCGGAGGCGUCAACGGCUCUCUCUUUACUUCCUCCAGGCUGUUUUUCGCCGGUGCCCGUGAAGGGCAUCUCCCCAGCGUCUUGGCGAUGAUCCAUGUCCGAAGGUGCACUCCGAUACCUGCUCUAGUUUUCACUUGUCUGUCCACUUUGCUUAUGCUGGUCACAAGUGACAUAUAUACGCUGAUCAAUUAUGUCGGUUUCAUCAACUACCUCUUCUACGGCGUGACAGUGGCUGGGCAAAUUGUACUUCGUUGGCGUGAACCCCAUCGGUCUUAUCCGAUCAAGGUGAGCCUGUUCUUCCCCAUCAUCUACCUGCUUUUCUGGGCGUUCCUGUUGGUCUUCAGCCUGUGGUCGGAACCGCUGGUGUGUGGCAUCGGGCUGGCCAUCAUGUUGACAGGGGUUCCUGUCUACUUCCUGGGCGUCCAUUGGGAGAACAAGCCCCCGGCCUUCCACACCUUGAUCAAUGGAAUCACUCGGGUGGGACAGAAGCUCUGCGUGGUCGUGUACCCCAAGAUGGACGCCGGGGAGGUCGAGAACGACCUCAGCAAAGAGACCAAAGAACAGCUGGAGCCCAUGUGCGGAAAAGAGACGCUGGCCACGUCCCAGAAUUGAGCAGACGGAAGGAACAGCCAAACAUGGACUGCACUGGUUUUUAGCCACUAGAAACGGUUCCGCCUGCCCACCGUUGGGCGGAGCUGGACCCGUUGGGGGACGACACACCCCUCCCCAAAUGCACACACUCCUUUCCCCAGCUUCUUGCAGGGUCUGGGGUCCACCCCCCACCCUCCAAUCCUCACCUGCAGUGCCUCCCACUGGGGCAGAGACGGAUGGGGCAACCCUUAAGAGCUGGAGCCCCAAUUCCUGCCUCUCGCCCCACACUUUGGAAAAGCGUCUUUUGUUGCUGCCUUAUAUUUUGGGGAUGGGGAUAUUUUAAGGGGUGGUGGCGGAACCUCAGCUGUCCCGCGAGCAUCCGCUCCUGCAAUCGGUGCCCUCGUAUAUUCCAGGUUUCCUCAUUUUCUCUCUCUCUCUCUCUCUCCUUUUGUUUUCCAUUUUGUUUUGGAUGUCGUAAAUUAAACGCCACUCGCCAUC